CGUUACCUCCACGUGACAGAGGUUGUAGCGUGUUGCAGAAUUGUUAUAUGAUUUUAAGUCACUAUUAUUAUUUUAAACAUGGAUGGGCUGGAAGAGAACAGCAAAUCAGGAAUUUCUUCCGAAGAGGAGGGUAGUGAAUUAUCUGAUGGAGAGCUCCAAGAGGCCUUCGGUAAGGGUUUGCUAAAACCAGGAUUAAAUGUUCCUCAACAAGAAGCAAAGACGACAGUCAAUAAUACGGAGGGCUUGAAGCAGUGCUUGGUGGACUUCAGAAGGAAUCUGCCUUGGGUUGAAAGGCUGGACCUAAGCAACCAACCUGCUGCAGACAUUGUGGCCAAAGCAGAGGGCAAAGUGACUGCAGAGGACAGUGAUGCUAUAAAUGCAGAAGAUGACUUCCAGAGGGAGAUGUACUUCUACCGCCAAGCCCAAGCAGCUGUCUUAGAAGCAUUGCCACGGUUACGUAAGCUGAAGAUUGCCACCAAGCGGCCAGAGGAUUACUUUGCAGAAAUGGCAAAGACAGAUCAGCACAUGCAGAAGAUUAGAAGAAAGUUGAUCAUGAAACAGACAGCAAUGGAGAAGUCAGAGAAGGCCAAGAGGCUCAGAGAGCAGAGAAAGUAUGGCAAGAAGGUUCAAACAGAGGUACUUCAGAAGAGGCAAAAGGAGAAGAAAGCAAUGAUGUCAGCUGUGAAGAAAUAUCAGAAAGGAAUGACUGAUAAAUUAGAUUUCCUGGAUGGUGAUCAGGGGAAGAGCAAGAAAGGAGCUGGAGUGCCCAAGGCAGCUAUGAACAAAAAAGGUCCAAAUGCAAAGAGAAAAUACAAGGAUCAGAAGUUUGGCUUUGGUGGAAAGAAGCGUGGCUCCAAAUGGAACACCAAAGAGAGUCACAACGAUGUGUCGGGGUUCAGAGCGAAGGUGGCACAUGGGAAGGGUGGAAAGAAAUUUGGAAAAGGAGGGAAGCAGAAAUCAAAUAAGCGGCCAGGCAAGGAUGCCCGCAGAAAGAUGAAGAACCGCUCUCGAUAGGCAUGCCAAGCAGCCAUGCCAAACACACAAUGUCAGGUCUUUUCUGUAUUUCAUUUUUAUCCGUGUGUGUUCCUUGAAUUGUCCCUCAGUCUCUCCUGAUCCCACCAUAUGAAAUUGAAACCUUUACACAAAAAUACCAAAGAACACUUUGGUAUUUUCAUGUUAGUGCCUUAGUGCAUGAUCUGGAGAAUUGGGCAUGGACUGUGGAAAGGGAGUUGAACAACAGUGACUUAAUCUAUGCCUGUACUUGCCACCAAUCAUUUCAGAGUGGGCAUUUGGAUUGCCUUUGAAUGUCAUAAGGGACAUGCAGAGAUCUGACAAGGGUCUGACAAGAUUUUGUCACCAUGGUUUUUGCAAAGGUUUGUUAUAGUCUUCUCUCCAUGUUCACCAAAGCAAGCAGAAAAGAAGGCAAAUGCUAAAUAAUUUUUUUUACCUGAUUUGCUACUUGUCAUCUUGGAGAAUUUUGGUGAAUUGAUACAAACAUGCCUUUGAAGGGGGAUAUAUUUCAGCAACUUCUGUACGUGGUUCACUCAAGAUCCCUGUUUUUUUUUUUUUUUUUGUAUGAUUUGAAAAUCUGCUCAGAGAGUGCUGUACCUAUGGUUUGAUAUCCCACAUGAACCUUGAAAGUGCUGAAAAUGACAACCAGUGAACAAAUGUAUGAAUAAAUGUAGAACAGUUAUAAUUACCACAGUGGAGACCUAAUUUCUUUGCAUGGCAUCUUGUUAUAUUGCUGAAUAGCAGGGUCAGUAGAACCACUUGAGGAGGACCUAAGAAGGGGCAUUCUUAUGUGACAGCAAUAUAGCAUACCAAAAGAGCACAUGCUUUCUGUCCAGAGUACCACAGCUGUGCCCUGUAUCUCCAAGUCAUGACCUGACUGGUCAAUGUAAUAUGGAAAUUGGAAAUGAAUGGAAUUACGACCACUAGUUGUAACGAUGUGUGUUAUAAAGUCUGUGGUUUGGCUGCAUUGACUGCUUCAGAAAAAAGAAACAUUUGCGCCAGUCAGGAAGAGGAACUGGUGGACCUUAUUAAAAUCUUUGCAAAAGUUCAAUGUUAAACAACAAAGUGAAAGAAAAAUAUUUAACAGAAACUCAAUCUAAUUCCUGGCAAGAUCUUAGAAUAUUUUUAAAUUACUUGUAACUGCAAAUUACUGGGUGCGAACAACAGGGGUACUGGAUGGCAGCCACACAGAGGUUCCAGGGCAUGUGAAAUGCCAGCUUCAGGAAGAGGGACAGAGGAGAGCAGGGGUGUCCCUACCUGUGUAGCCAAAGGGAAGGGGGCAUGGAUUGUGGCAGGGUUGGCAGGUGGGAGGACUGGGUCGCUGUGGAACCAGGUAUGCCCCAGAUCAGGGAACCUGUCUGCGUGGCUGUGUGUGCGUGAGCCGGGGACAGAAGCGGAAGGAAGAUGAAGGACACGCAAAGAACUUGCCAGGGCAGGCAUGGGAAUGGGAGGGGACGGAUGACAGCACAUGGAGAAGAGAUAUGGAGGGUUCCUGGGGUCCCAGCAGGGGGACAGUCCAGGAGAGAGUGGGAGAUGGCAGGGUGUGCUGUAAUCAGUAUAUGCAGUGCAGGAUGGAAAGAUGUCAUGUUUACACCAGAAACAUAACUGCUCAAACAUUUGUUCCAACCUUAUCUCCGUUUCAGUAAAUUCAUUACAGUGAUGUUCCAGCUUCAAUAUCCCUGCUUUUUUAUCUUUGAUCCCUGACCUGAAUCAA